GGCAGCGGGCGCGGAGCGGCGGGCGUGAGGGGUCGGAGCCAGGCGGGGUCGGUCGCACUGCGACGCCUCCUCUUCGAGAGGGUUUAUCCUCAGGGAACGGUUCCCCCUCCCCGCGGCGCGCACGGCAGCCCCCGGCCCUUCCGCCGCCCCUCAGGCGAAGCCCCCUCAGAUCCCCGGUAGCGUCUCGCCGCCCUCAGUCGUUUUCCCCCCCACCUCCCCUUCUCCGCCCUUGUCCUCCCGCCAUGGCUCUCUGCCGGCGCUUGGCCCGGCUGGCCGCCUACCUGCAGGACCCGCGGAAAGUGGCCGCCUUCCAGCGGCUCUGCGGGGUGGAGGGGCCUUCGGGCUGGGCCGACGCGGAGCAGCGAGCCGGCAGUCGGGGGCCGAUGGUUAACGGCGGCCCUCCGGCCGCGGAGGGGGCAGGAGGGCCGGGGCACCCCGCCGGGAACGGGACCGUGCCCGGCGGGGCGGGCCCCCCGCAGCGGUGGAGGAGGAGGCCGCGCCGCAACUCCCUCACGGAGGAGGACGGCAGCCAGGAGUUCUCCACUCGCAGCCGCUUCCUCUACUAUCUCUUCAGCCUGGGCACGGAGCUGGGCAACGAGCUCUUCUACAUCCUCUUCUUCCCCUUCUGCAUCUGGAACUUGGACGCCUGGCUGGGCCGGAGGCUUAUCAUCAUCUGGGUGUGGGUGAUGUACCUGGGGCAGUGCACCAAGGAUGUGAUCCGCUGGCCGCGGCCUGCCUCCCCGCCCGUGGUGAAGCUGGAAGUCUUUUACAACUCCGAGUACAGCAUGCCCUCCACCCACGCCAUGUCGGGCACCGCCAUCCCCCUGGCGCUCCUGCUGCUCAGCUACGGCCGCUGGCAGUAUCCCCUUGUGUUUGGACUGAUCCUUGCAUUCUGCUGGUGUUCUUUGGUUUGCUGUAGUCGAAUUUAUAUGGGAAUGCAUUCAAUUUUGGAUGUUAUUGCUGGAUUUCUGUAUGCUAUUCUUAUCUUGGUUGUCUUCCAUCCAGUUGUGGACCUGAUUGAUAACUUCAACUUAACUUACAAAUAUGCACCCUUAAUUAUCAUCAGUCUCCAUUUAGCCCUGGGCAUCUUCUCUUUUACUCUAGACACCUGGAGCACAUCAAGAGGAGACACAGCUCAGAUACUGGGCUGUGGUGCUGGAGUAGCCUGUGGCUCUCACGUUAACUACAUAAUGGGUCUAAAGCUAGAUCCUCCUUCUGAUACGUUACCUUUAUCUCUUUCCUCUCUCACUGUGACUGUGUUUGGAAAAGCCAUAUUGCGGUUGUUGAUUGGAGUAAUAGUUCUGUUGUUAACAAAAGUAGGGAUGAAAAAAGCCACUAUUCCACUGGCAUGUAAAAUAUUUUGCAUACCACAUGAUGAUGUACGGAAAGCAAGACAACGCAUGGAAGUUGAGCUUCCCUAUCGCUAUAUUACAUAUGGAAUGGUUGGGUUUUCCCUCAUGUUUAUUGUUCCUUGCCUCUUCCAUUUUAUUGGUCUUUCCUGAUGCAGUUUUAUCAUUUUAGAUAGGGAGACCAGAUCUAGUUGCUUUUCGAAGAGGUGCACUAGUUUGCUAAGGGAAGGCCAGUGAGCUUGGCUUUAGCAGGGUCUUUAACAGCAAUACAUAGCAGGCAAAGCAUUUACAGAACUUUGCACAUCUUUGGGUACGGUAUGGGGCCAGAAGUCAAAUAUCAGUCCAUGAGAAGUGCUGAACUCUAUAAAUGCUAUGUCUAGACUCAUUGCUGUAACGAAAUCUGUGUGUAUGUGUGAUGCAAUGAAUGUAUCUGGAAUGUCUGUCAUACUGUACCUGUAUACAUUGACAUUUUAACAGGUAUGUCUGACAGCUGAUCAGAAAGCUCUAUUCAUGAUCUGUUUGCCAUUUCAUAGUAAUUUGUUCAAGCUGUUGGACCAUAGACUGCUAAAUUUGUUUUCUUCUAUUCUUUCCUGAAGUCGUGCUUCAAGAGGUUUCAGCUAAUAGGCAUUUCUAAUGGACCAAACUUGUAAUGUGGUUGAAUUUUUUGUAAAAAAAAAACAAAAACAAAAACAAAACCACCCCAAACAACCAAAUAACAAACCAACCAAAACCCAACAAAAGCCUUUUUUAUUUUUAGCACACUCUACAGAGUAAAAUGUCUGGAUUGGCAUUGGUAGAUAUCACUAGCAUAUAUAUAUAUAUAUCAUUCAGGUACUGUAUUUUACGGUUUAGUAACUGUGCCUUUCUGUUGCUAAAUUAAGAAAUGCCAUACGUACUGUGAUGUAAAAAUGCCUAAUUUUAUUUAAAAUCCUACGUGAUUAGGCAGAUAUUUUAAAUUGUUGGAUUGUCCACCUUGCUGGCAUGGUUCACGUUAACCAGAAUAUUCAGUUUAGCCUGAUCAAAAUUGCAUAAAUGAAAUGACCCAAGAAUUGUGUCCUUAAGCUCAUGAUGUUGUAAAUGGACAAUAAUCCCUUUUGUAAGUAUUUUUAAUGUGUAUUGUAAGUUACUGGAAGAGGAUAUAUUUUUCUGGAGAUUGUUUAUACAGUGGACAGAUAUUAAAAAUUAAUUACCUAAACAUAUAAACAAUAAAAACACCCCAUUCUGGAAAGAAAUGGGCCUCACUGGUUCCAAACUAGUUUAGAAGGACCCUUGUUUUUAAAUACUUGCUUAGAAAAUAUAAUCUGUAUUCUAGAAAAAUAUGUAUUUUUAUGCAUUAACAUUUAAAGGUGUUAUAGCUAUCUAAAUUGGGUAAAAGUGCUUAAGACAAUAUAAUGGUCAAAUUAAUUUUUUAAUCAUUUUGAUAGGCAGAUUGUGAGCAGUCAUGACAGUAUGGUCAAUGCAUAAACGGUUUGUGCAUAUCUAAAUUUUACUGAAUUAUUAUUAUAUUCAGCUUUUCAUGAUCCUUUUUCCAGUGAUGAGUUCAACUGUAAUUUCAUGUGCCUCUUCUGUGUUUCAUUUUCUGUCUGUUAAUGCGAUGUCUAACUUGUUUUUUCCAUGUCAGGAACGGUCAUAUUGCAGCAAUAGCUGUCUUAUUGUCUGGCCAGACAUGAAUUACUUAAUCUUGCAUUGUAUGUUUUUUUUUUUUCAGGGAAAACAUAAUUUGGUUGGGAAAUAGAGUGAUUAGAUAGAAUACAAAGCUUGCAUUUUAUUGUAAACGGUAUUUGGAAGUUUUUUUAUAUUGGAGCUUUUAUCUCCAAAUUGUUCAUAUGUAAAUUAGCAAAAUUAACUUUGUAUCUCUUUCCUCAGAGCAGUCAAAGUUAUGGUACGCUGGCAUUAGAUGAUGUGAAAAGCUAAAUUUUGAUGCAUUUUUUCAGUGCAUUCAGAAUGCACCACUAUGAAUGUAUUCAAACUGAUGUAUUCAGAACUGAUAGUGUGUUAAACAACUUCUAUAGUUGAAAAGACCUUACCUAGUAGAAAAUGGUUAGCUUGUUUCAGUGCGUAUUUCCAGAUUUGAUUUGUCUAUCUGUUCUUUUGCAGUUUAAUGCUGAAUGUGCAGUAAAAGGUAAAUUGGUUUCCAAGGUUUUGAGGGAGGGAUUUCCACUGGUGUGGCUUUGCACACUAAGAUAGUUAUUUAAAUAGCUGGGGGGAAUGUACACGAAAUGCCUUAUGCUUAGAGCCCUGAGCAAGUGGUGUAGUUCCAAUUAUAGUAAAUUAGUCUGAGGACUGGUGAAAAUAGUAGAUAAUUUUCUCUGAAAUUUAGGGCAUAUUCUCCUUAAAUAUCCUAGCUUUACAGUUUAUAGUGAAAAAUGUUUAAAUUUUCGCACAGAAGAGACAAGCGAGCAAAACUAAUUUUUUAAGGUACAUAACUGACUUCUAGGAACUUCAAGUUUACAGCAUAAGAGUGUUCCUGAAGCUGUCUUUUCUAGCUGUGCUUGCUCUGUUGUACUAUUAAUGGAAAAUAAAAUCUACUGUGGAAGAUCUCGACUGGGGGAAAAAAUCGUAUGUAGGUAGGGCUUUCAACAGGCUAAGGAGAAUGGCACUGUAGCUUAUUCUACUGUUACUCAUACAUACAUAUUUUAUAUUUUUAUACAUUGCAUUGGGUAACUUCAAAAUGUUACGUUCCAUGUACCACAUAGUCUAGUACACAGGAAAUGUAUAUCAGAAUGUUUAUACAGCACCUUUACAACCCUGUCUCUAAGACUACAACUACUUUACUGAAGUUUACAUGAAAAAAGUUUUACUAAUCUAUUUUCAUGUUUUAUAAGGGGCUAGGCUCAAGAGGGCAGAUUAGCACAAAAUAUCAUGCAGUAUGAAUAUUGUUAUAGUAUAAAGAAUCACAAAAAUGCAAAAAUUUUAAAAUCCAACUUAAAUGUUUGCAUUUUAUUAUAUUUUUGUUUAAUAAUAGUCCAAGAUUCCUUCAGAUCAGGCAUAAGAAAACAUCAGGUAAAACUGGAGCACUUUCUUUGCCCUAAGCUAUUCCUAAAGUUGAACAUGAAAAAAUAUUUCUAGUAUGAGCAUCAGCUGGUACCAAAUUAUUUAUAAAUAAAUUUAACCUAGCUUUAAAAGGUAGUUGCAUGUCUUUUCAGGAGAAUACACUUGAAACUUUUCAUGAAGUGGUGCAAAAACAUAUCCAUAUGUCACUGCUAGUGAACUUCCUCAGUUCCAGGUUGUAUAGUCCUAAAGGGAGAAAUGCUACUACUUUAUAGAAACAGAUAUAAAUACACAUUUAUUACAAAAAGCUAUGAGUUAAAUUUGUCUUACUUGAUUACUGUAUGAAAUAAAACCUGAAACUAACAGUCACAUAGAGUUUAAUCUGGCACAAAAUUCUGUUUUCCAAGAGGCUGAAGAGACUUGAGUUAGUCUUAGACUGCCUUACACAUAGGAGCAAGAAUUUUCUGACUUGGCCCUCAAUCAGAACUAACAUAUGCAUUGCAUCUUGGGUAAGUUCUAGAAUCUGUUACUUUGAAAAGAUUUUCAUGCUUGUAAAAAAGCUGCUACUUGUGUUUCCCAUACCACAAACUGGGGUUGAAAUGUCUUUCUCCUGUGUGAUCACUUAUGAAGCUCUUCCGUCUCUGAUCACAUUUGCCUUAUCACUUACCUUGCAAAUUGGGUAGGGGAGGAAAGGGGAAGGUAGAGAAGCUGUUUUAAGGUAAAUUGGCAAACCAAAGGGAGUUGUAUUUUGUUUAUUUACUUGGAAUUUUUUGUAAGCUUAUGUACAGGUUUUCUCAAAAAAAAAAGUUUCUUUAAAAAUAGUAUCUCUAAAUGUGGUAUGUUGCUUUUUUUUUUUUUUUACAGGAACAGUGUUAAAUUGUCUGGAUUUUAAGAGCUAUUAUGUUUUCUUUUAUUACUAUUUUUUUUAUCACUGCUUUAUGUAUUUUUUACUCUAUUUCUUGCUUAUUUCCCAGGGAGUGUCCUGAACUUUUUGUAAGUAAUUGCUACUGAUGUGAAGAUUGUAAUUUUGAACUUGUAAAUACUUAAGGGCUGUCAGUGGCUGUUAGCUGUUCAAAUACAACAAAAACAAACUUUGCAUGCUGUAAGUAAAUACAUCUGUUGUGCGAAAAGUUGUUUCUAUUUCAGUAUUUGCUUUCUCAAUAAAAAAAUUGAGAUUUUUCAUACACAAUACAUAAGAGAUUUAAUAGUUCAGUGGUAUGAGGGGGGCAUCGCUGUCUAACUCCUGUUGACUUUACUGGGAGUUCUGCACCUAGUUCCUUCCCAUAUUACACUGGGAAUGAACCCUGAAGGUCACUUCCAUGCUUUGACAUGCGUACAGGCAUCGGUGUGUGUGAAAGGACUUACCUUCUAAGGUAUAAAUGUAAUAUCCUUGCUUUUGAGGUCUGAGAUUGUUCUUUUAAAAAUCAUACUUAGCCCAGUUUUUACAAGACUUUUUAAGGGCUAAACUUGGAAGCUGUUUCUUAGUAGCUGGAACUGGCUCUACGUUUGCAAUUCUUAAUUGAUGCUUUCCCCUCUGUACCAUAAUUCUGCUGAAUGACGAGAUCCCAGAAUAAUGUCAGCAGAUAAAAUGAUGACAGGAGAAUUGAUUUCUUGGGGUAUUGUGGCUCAACUUGUAAUAGAUUCUUAGAUUUUUUUUUUUUGUCUAAUGUAGAAUGUUUCUAGGUUAUACAAUUUAUUUCUCUAUUCUGCAAAUAGCUUUGAGGAAACUUGGACUUUUUGUGGGAGGAAAUCUCUUUGACUCCAUGCCAGAACUUUAUUCUAGUGGAAAGCUUAAGUGGCCUUUUUGUUUCAGUAAAAAUGUAUAAGCCUAUUUUAAAAUUUACUGUAAAUAACAUAUUUGUCAAAUUGAUAGGUUACUUAGGAUACUAAUGUUGUUUUUCUUUGUAUAAUAUUUCUCAAAACAAAGGCAAACAAAGCUUAAUUUGGAAACAAAAUGUGAUAGUGUGGCAGAGAGGAUAUAGCUCUUCAGGUAUUCUCUAAAAAGCCAGUAUCACAUGCUGGAGUUGAAGCAGAUUUAACUAUGCAUUGGAAAAAUUUCUUUGCACUCCGUUCUGCACCAGAAAUACUCGACUUGCAUGUUGGUAAGAGUCCAUUUAACAAAACAAAGCAAAGCAAUAUGUGCUUGCAGUGUGUAAUUAGUAACUGUUCCUGUAGGAUAAAAGAAGAAUAGAGGGUACAUAGAAUACUACCUUAAAGGUAUUGAUCAGUAAAUGUAAAUAAAAAGUCCUAUCAAGUUGGAGAAUUUUAUUAGUCACUAAACUUUGACUAAAUUAGUCACUAAGUUUUUCCCACAACUUUAUUUUGUCAGAAAGUGUAGUGAAAGACAAGGGUGAUAUUCCUGAAACAGAAUUUAGAUCUUAAGACAAUUCUAGAUGUCUGAAGUAUCAUAACUGAAAGAGAUCAGUUCAGGAGGUAGUAACCUGAAAAAUAAGAGCAAAGUCUGAGGGGGAUUUUGUAUUAAACUUAAUGCACUUAAAAAUGAUGCCAAAAUUUGGCCUAUACUUGAUUUAUAUGAAAUCUGUAGUACAAUAUAUAUAGAGAUAUAUAAUAUAUUGUGUAUUGGAGUUUAAUUUUUUAUGUAUAGAUUUUUUUUUUUUCUUGUUACUGCAUUCCCUGAUAAAAAGCAAGUGUUCAUAACAUAGAAAACAGUUUUGUCUGUAUAAGGUAAGGCUGUAUGUUAGCAGUAUUUUGGGAAAUAAUGCAGUUGUAAUCCCCUGUGUCUCAACCUCUUGGAGAACUUUCAAAAAAAAAAAAAAAGUACUUUCAAAUGGAAGCCCUGAGUUAGUUGAGGAUUGAGAAUUAUAUAAUGGUUGCUGUAUAAUAGUGUACAACUGAUGUUUUAAAAAUUAAUACAUUGAAACGUUUUGUUAUCGUUAAUGAUUUUGUACUCAUUGUACACUUUCUGCAGUUGUCAACUAAUACUUAAACUCACAUUGACUGGUAACUGAAGUGUCUAACUUCAUUGGCAAUGAGUGGGUAAUAAACUACUGUUGGAUUCAAA